AUGACAGAAGCAAACAACCUGAGAGACGCCCGGAGAAGAAGAAGAAUCCUCCAACAAGGAUCCGACCGUCUUGCCUUCAUCCAGGGUCGGAUCCAAACCCUCCCUCCUCCCGGAUUCUCUUUGAUUAAGACUAUUAUAAGCUUUAGACCACUUUACUUGGUUCUCCUCACAAAUUCGUCUUUUGUUGUUGCGAAAAUUAUUUCUGGGAAACAAAGAGGCUCUGAUGAAAGGUUGAGGAGGAGACGGAACAACGCCAGUGCCAGCGCCAGCGCUGAUUCUUCUGAUCAAUAUGCACAGCUUGCAAAAACAUUGGAAAUUGGAAUGGUGCUGAAGACUGUGGCUGAUGCUGUCUUCAUGGAUUGUGCUGUCUAUGCUAUUGUGCUCAUAUGCAGCCUUUCCCUUGUGCAUCACUGA